UUAGAGAACCAUCGCCUGCUCCCAGCAUAGAUAUCCAUAAGGCUGGGGCAGCAGGCACUGUCUGCUCAAAGCCAGCUGCCUGAAGCUGCCAUCUCCUCAUUCCACCAUCCCAGGACCCCUCCUGCCACCUCGGCACUCCCAAGCUCAGCAGCAUCAUGUCACUCGCACACACAGCUGCAGAGUACAUGCUCUCGGAUGCCCUGCUGCCUGACCGCAGGGGCCCCCGCCUCAAAGGACUGCGCCUGGAACUGCCCCUGGACCGGAUAGUCAAGUUCGUAGCUGUGGGCUCCCCCUUGUUGCUGAUGUCCCUGGCAUUCGCCCAGGAGUUCUCCUCUGGGUCUCCGAUCAGUUGCUUCUCUCCCAGUAACUUCAGCAUCCGGCAGGCAGCCUACGUGGACAGCUCCUGCUGGGACUCACUGGUUCACCAUGAGCAGGACAGGCCUGGUCAGGACAAGAUGAAAUCUCUCUGGCCCCACAAGGCCCUCCCCUACUCCCUGCUGGCCCUGGCCUUGCUCAUGUACCUGCCGGUGCUGCUGUGGCAGUAUGCAGCUGUGCCAGCCCUCAGCUCCGAUCUGCUGUUCAUCAUCAGCGAACUGGACAAAUCCUAUAAUCGCUCCAUCCGCCUGGUGCAGCACAUGCUGAAGAUCCGGCAGAAGAGCUCUGACCCCUAUGUGUUCUGGGAUGAGCUGGAGAAGGCUCGGAAAGAACGAUACUUUGAAUUCCCUUUGCUAGAGCGGUACCUGGCAUGUAAGCAGCGUUCACAUUCACUAGUGGCUACCUACCUCCUGAGGAACUCCCUCUUGCUCCUCUUCACCUCCGCAACUUACCUAUACCUUGGUCAUUUCCAUCUGGAUGUCUUCUUCCAGGAAGAAUUCAGCUGCUCCAUCAAGGCAGGGCUGCUAAGUGAUGAGACCCAUGUCCCCAGCCUCAUCACAUGCAGGCUGACAUCACUGUCCAUUUUCCGGAUUGUUAGCCUCUCCAGUGUAGCAAUAUACACCAUAUUGGUUCCAGUGAUCAUAUACAACCUCACACGGCUAUGUCGGUGGGACAAACGACUCUUAUCUGUCUAUGAGAUGCUCCCAGCUUUCGAUCUCCUCAGCAGAAAGAUGCUAGGAUGUCCCAUCAAUGACCUCAAUGUGAUCCUUCUUUUUCUCCGAGCUAACGUCUCUGAGCUCAUCUCUUUUAGCUGGCUGAGUGUCUUAUGUGUGUUAAAGGAUACGACCACCCAGAAGCACAAUAUUGACACAGUAGUUGAUUUUAUGACUUUAUUGGCUGGCUUAGAACCCUCAAAACCCAAACAUCUCACCAACCCGGCAUGUGAUGAACACCCAUAGUUAAGAAACCAUGGAGCCAGAAAUUUUGUGGAAAGUCUCUCUCCUUCCUCAUAAGACAUGCACACUAAUACACAUACACACACACAUACACACAAAAUACACACUUUAAAAUUGCUAAGCUUGGACUUAACUGAAUCAUAUAUCUUUUAUCAUGUUAUCCUAAAAGUGAGAAGACAUAAUCAAGACAUGGAAAUAAAUGUGAAAGCUGGAGCUGAAGAGUCAAAGAGCUAAAAAAUUAAGUCUAGAACAUUCUAUAAGGACAGUAUAAAUAAAAAGAAAUAAAGUCUAGACAUGCUGCAAGGAAAGAAGAUUCUAAAGGCCAUUUAUGGAGACAAUUUCAUAUCCUUUCUUGGACACACAUUCAGCUUACCCCAGAGAGCAAGUGAGGCAAUCUGGCAAGAGAUUAAUAAAGAUGUAAACCCCU